AAAGGAAAGACUGUGAUCAACCUGGCUUUAUAACAGUGAAAAGACUCCAGACACAAUAAAGGGAGUCAGUUUGAUUCAGGGACAAAAUGCCUGACACUGGGUUGGUCUCUGAUUACGUGAAGUCAAAUCCAGGAAGUGCAGCCCUGAACGAGAAUUGAAAGUGAAAGUGCUGGAACAGGGAAGGAGAGAGACUCUGAGCACCGAGAUGGCGUCUGCAGAUCUCACCUAUGAGCUGACCUGCCCCAUCUGCCUGGAGACGUUCACCGACCCGGUGUCUCUAGAAUGUGAGCAUCACUUCUGCAGGUCCUGCAUCUCUCAGAGUUGGGACAAGGUCCCGGGAGAUGUUUCCUGCCCCCAGUGUCGGCAGGUCUUCACCCAGAGGAACAUCAGGACCGCUCGGACCCUGGGAAACAUCGUGGAGACGUUCAGGCUGCUCAAGGUGAAGGUGACACAGCCAGAUGAGGUGUUUUACUGUCAGGAACACGAGGAGAAGCUGAAACUGUUCUGUGAAGAGGAACAGAAAGCGAUCUGUGUGGACUGCUGGAGUUCAGGACAUCAAACUCACAAAGAUCUACAUAUCAAAGAGGCUGUUCAGAAAUACAAGAACAAAUUAGAAAAAUCACUGGAGUUCCUGCAGAAGCAAAUGGACCUCAGUCUUCAAAGUAAAAGAGAAGGAGAGGAAGGGAUUUUACAGAUGAAGGCUCAAGUUGACAGUCUGAGAAAUGAAAUCAACAGUGAAUUUGAAAAGAUGCACAAGUUCCUGUUUGAGAAGGAAGAGCUGAUGAAAGCAGAGUUGGAGCGAAAAAGCAAUAAAAUAUUAGAGGAAAUGGAGAAGAAUUUAAAGAAAACCCUGGAAGAAAUGUCUUCUCUUGAAGGAGCAAUAAUAGGCCUUGAAUCGAGGCUGGAAGUCCAAGAGGCUCCAGCGCUCCUCAAGGACAUUCAAGUUCUUUUGAAGAGGAGUCAGAUGGAGUUUCACAAUCCUGGAGCUGCCUCCACUCAGUUACCUGCGGAUAUAGUUGAUGAACCAUUCAAAUACAUCAAUGUGUGGAGGGAAAUGAGAGCAGUGAUUUCCCCAGUUCCAGAAUCUCUCACCCUGGACCCAGAGACAGCAAACAAUCUACUCAGCAUUUCCCAGGAUCUGACUGGUGUGAAGUUUGGAGAUGAGGAGCAAGACCUUCCUGACAAGCCAGAGAGAUUUGCUAAAUACUGUUAUGUUUUGAGCUCACAGAGUUUCUCAUCAGGGAGACACUACUGGGAGGUGGAUCUUGGAAAGAAGCCUUACUGGAUUGUGGGUGUCUGCAGAGAGUCUAUCAACAGGAAAGAAAACAUCACACGUUCACCUGAUAAUGGAUACUGGGUCAUCGGCCGAUUGCCUGAAUGCAAAUCAUUGAAUAUACCAGAUGUCAUCUCCCAGCUGAAAGUGAAACCCCAGAAGUUGGGAGUUUACCUGGACUAUGAGGGAGGACGAGUGUCAUUUUACGAUGUUGAGGACAUGUCUCACCUGCACACGUUCACUGACACAUUCACUGAGAAACUCUAUCCCAUCUUUAAUCCUUGUAAGAAUUACACUGGUGAUAACACUGAACCACUCAGACUGCUCACGAUUUAACACAUCAGGGUUAACACAGUGGGGUUAACACAGUGGAGUUAGCACAGCGGGGUUAACAAUGGAGUUUACACAGUGAGGUUAACACAGUGAGUAAAAGUCUGAUGAUGUCUAUAAAUCCAUUGCUGAUUGUCAUAAAAAUCCAUCUGGUUCACUAAUGUCCUUUAGUGAAGGAAAUUCUACUGUCCUUACCUGCUCUGGCCUGUGUGUGACUCCAGACCAACAGCAAUGUGGUUGAAUUUUAAAUACCCUCUAAAGAAGGGCAAUUAGGAAUGGGCAAUAAAUUCUGGCCUAACCAGUCACACUCACAUCCCAUGAAUGAAUAAAAUCAAUCUGAUUGUGAAUCUGAA